AUGACAUCGCCGCUUUCAACGAAUUACUUUACACGGGCGAUGGAGUUGGCCCACAUGUGCAUCCCAGAUGUGACGCCGCAGGAGCGACUGGAAGCGGAGCGAUAUCUCAUGUCUCUGCGUGCCACCGCGGACGGCCUGAAUUUGUCCUUCCACAUCAUUAGCAACGAACCGGUGCAUGAUCUUCGUUGCUUUUGGGCCUUUAACACGAUUAUGCAUCACCUUCCGGCUAUUGCGGGCAGUAUCAACGACGCCCAGGCGGAGGAACUCUACUGCACACUUUUUUCGUUUAUCUACCGGUAUUUUUUUUCCUCUUCUACCUUGCAGCGACAGCCGAUGGACUUCCUUGCCAACAAGCACGCCCAACUGAUGGUUGCGGGGCUUCAGGAAUUUUUUCCAUCUCGUUGGACGUUAUUCUUUGAUGAUGCCUUUGAGCUUUUUGAGCGUCGUGGAAUUCUACCGCAUGUUGGCGAUGCCGUAACGGUAUACGUGCUGCGGUUAUUUGAGUACAUUGACGAGCGUGUCGUGUCGGUACGGGCACAAACAAACCGUUGUCGGGAAUUACGGGCACGAGAUAUGGAGCUGAAGGAUGCUAUGCGUGAAAAUGUCAUGCCACGUGCUGUGACGACAUGGUAUGUCAUAUUAUGUGACUGUCGUAUUCGGGCACCGGAAAUUGCCAAACUUUGUCUUACGGUUGUGCAGACGUACAUUGAGUGGGUGGAUUUUACCCUCUUUAUAACCGCCGAGUGGAUCAAUUUGCUUUACUUUCUCGUCACAGCCCCGGCUGUGCGGGGUGCGGCAUGUGAAUGCAUAUUCAGUCUUGUGGAGAAGAAACAAUUACCGGUUGCAAAGCUGGAGUCACUGCGUACACUCAACAUUGUGGAUGCCCUUCCGCGUAUUGUUAGUUUGCUGCAAGUGCCACCCAAGACGGAGGAGGAUGUGAACUUCCUCGAGGUUGUAGCGCGGCUUACACGGGCUGUUGCAGAGCAGUUUUUGUUUCUCUUUGAAAACAUAUCGGCUGCAACGGCUGAUGGUGGUAGCCCCAAUAGGCUUUACAACUCUCCGAUGAAACACCAUUCUGUCCAUGCAUCCGAGAAGGGCGAAGCUAUUUUUAAUGGCAGGACCGUCAUGGGUGCAUGUUACACUACCGCCAAGAACAGCAGCAACAGCAAAGGGGAGGUACCGCUACAAUCCGAUUGGGUGUUCUCUAGGGAUUGUAUCGACAAUGUACGUGCAGCACUGGAUACGAUUCUCACUUAUUUGUUGCGUUUGUUGAGCAUUAAUCAUAGUGAUGUGAGCAAUACGCUUCUGCCGUUUGUACAGGUGUACCUAAAGUCCGCGGCGCUACAUGAAGAGCGGGCGGGGGAGAUACUGCUCCGACUAUACGACCACAGCCUGAUACAAGGCCUUGCGGAGGAGGAGGAUCAAAUGUGGCUGGACGAUAUCAUUGAUCAACGAAAACAGAUUCAUAACCUUAUCCGUCUUUUAUUUCGGCGCUAUCCAACUAUUGUGUUGCAGCAUCUACGGCUAUGUGUUGCACAGGCAAGCACACCCGUGAGUGUCGAAGAGUGUUUCAGGAAUAAAAUGGACGAUCAGAACCGUGGCGACCACCAGGAGUACCACCUGCAUGUCGAGAAUGCCUCCGUCAUGGGUGGAGGUGGGGCGAAGAAUCGACAUGCGGAAGAGAUUGAGGCGACAUUGCGAUACUUGUAUGAAGUUGGUGAGUCGGUUCGAAUGGAAAGACUGCGAAAUGCGGAAGAUGAGUUUUCUCAACUUGUUUGUACCGUUUUGUCCUCUGAAUGCAUCGCCCAAUGCCCAUGUGCCGUUGUCCAUCUCAGUUACUUUGAGGUUCUGGAUCGGUACUAUGCCUUCUUCAUUUACCACAGUGAGUGGAUCCCGCUUCUGUUGCAGCGUCUUCUACUACUGCCUUAUGGCGUCACCAAUCGACAUCCUCGUGUCCGCGCGCGUGUGUGCUAUCUGUUUGGGCACCUUGUACAGUUACUGAAAACACACCUGUCACCGCACAAGAAGAGUAUUGUAAAUGCCUUGCAGGAUAUAUUUUCCUCUGGGGUGUUGCAACCAAGCGAUUGCUGUGAAUUGUAUGAGGCUACUGGAAACGUCUUGAGUUCAAUGUCGCGUACAUCUACAAGUGGGAUGGAUGAGGGGGCGAUGGUUGUGCGUUUCAUAGAAAUCAUGUUGAAAGGACUUCGUGAUGCGUCUUCUUUGGUUUCUUCUCAUCAGGUUAUGACCGGGGACUCUUCCGCAUGCUCGGAGGCGGUGGCCGAUCAAAUUUCCUUUUUAACGGCAUUGGCCAAAGGUCUUCGAGGUGGUGGUGGGGGCGGUGUUGCUGGUCCCAAUGACACGAUGACUCAUCAAGGCGGUGGCAGUAGCGGUGAAGGUGUCGAUGUGGUGAUUGUCAAGACAUUUCAUAGCGUCACAAAUGAUGUCAUGAGGGCACUGAUUGCAUGGCAUGCGUCCGCAUCUGUUCGAGACAGGGCGGCACAAUACUUCACUCAAAUGAUACACAUAUUACCGUUUGAGUGCAUGGAUGCCUAUUUUACGGCAUAUAUUACAAACUGGUUAGCGUGGAUGGAGGCUAUACCGGAACUUACGAAGCUGCUCCGUUUACUCUUUCAUUUUAUUCACCGUAGUGGGUCCUGUGUGGGGGCUUUGCUUACCACCACACUGCCAGUUGUAUUGCACAAAGUGACAGCUGUUGGGGACUUGUUGAUAUCGCCAGAGGAGAUGGAACUUGUCUCGGAAAGUACCCGUGAGAAGCGUGAGGUGUACCGUCAACUGUUUGCCGUCCUACAAGGUGCUACCCAAGCUGGAUGUGUCUCCAUCAUUCUAUCACUUCCUUCUGCGAAUCUCAUGCCUUUACUUUCACAGUUGCUUGCGGCGAUGCAUCUUCCCGUUGAGACGGAGUUACCAAAGCUGGCACUGCAGAUUAUAACAAAAAUUACCACGACGGGAUGGGCGGAGGGAGUCGGUCCUCCCAAAGAUUAUGCCACAAAGGAUAGGCCUUAUAAUCAUCAUCCUCAUGGGGGUACGAAUAAGAGUGAUAAUUCUACGAUGGACAUGGGGAACAAUUUAUACGACGGUGGUGGUGAUGGUGCCUGGACCUUGUUUGUACUAAAUGAGGUUGUACCGACACUGUUGCAACGUUUUCUGUUACCUGAAUUUGACGUGAAGGAUGCGAAGAACUUCCUUCUUAUUGGUGAAUUUGGGUUGCUAUUGAAGGCAUUGAUGAAUCGAUUGGGCCCAAGUGAUCCCUCCCUCUAUAUGUUUCUUUACAACAUGUUGCAGCCAUUGGUGGGGGAGGAGGAGGUGACAGGACUUGUAACGGCACUUCAAAAGGAACCAAACUUCUCUACAGAGAUGAGAAUGCGCUUUAGAAACAUGUUGCAAGCGGCGAAGGAGCGUCAGACAACAGGCAGUGAAAUGAAAUGA